UUCACCAACAAAGGAGUGCGUGAGAUGCGCUAAUCUGGUUCGGGACACAACAAGCGUGGAUGCAGUGCUGCCCUCUCUUUCCCCUCAGGCAAGUAAAGGUGGCACCGUCUUCGUCCUUGGAAGAGAAGCACAGCACUCCUCAGCCUCCGUGAUGUUCCGCCCAACUCUUUUCUUGGCGCUCGUGGUGGUGGGCUUGGCUGCUAGUCUGACCACAGAGGAUCAUGCCAUCACAGAGAAAUUGCAGGGUUCGUCACUUCAAAGUAAGGCAUCGUCGAUGACGACCAGGCUAAUAAACCAUUCAAGUGGGUCAAGGGGUCGUAUGGAGCAACCCACCCUGAGAGCAAGACCGUCACAACAUGAGCUCGACCAUGAACAGCAAGUGGAGGACGAUUUGUACACGAUCCGCAUCAUCAUCAUCAUCAUCAUCGUGUUCGUCAUCAUCCUGGUGAUCCUGGUGCUGAUCAUCGUGGCUUUCAUGUUCCAGAUCAGCAGGGCCGCCGACAAGAUCGCCGCUAAUGGCUCUUCUUAAGGAGAUUGAUAGAUAGAUACACUGAUGGGUUGAUAGAUUGAUUGGUAGCUAGCUAAAUAGAUCGAAUAUUUGAUUGAUGCAUGGAUAUACAGAUAGAUUAAUUAAUAGAUUGCUAGAUAUAUAGAUAGAUUAACAAAUAGCUAUUAAUUAAUUGGUUUUUGGGCUGAUUGACUAAGAGAGAGAGGAAGAGAGACUAUCACUACAUUUAUCAUGGCACUUCGAAUCUUUACCUGUAUUCAACAACAGAUCCCUAAUUAGCGUGUUGUAUUUCGGCUUCUUAAUCAAUAAAUUAUGCAAGAGAAGAUU